CAUUAACUGAAAAGUUGGCUUUGCCCAACUUCCAAAAUAUUUGCCUGAGUUACUGACAUAAUGCAAUUUACUGCCCUGAUUUUUCUUUAUUGUUGAUUUCUGUUUAGAGCUCUAUAUCCCUCUAGUCAGUAUGAAGCUGCUAUACGUUGCAAUCUUCACCAUUCAACUAUUAUGUGUAGAUGCAGAAUCAGAACCUGUAAUUGAGCCCGAGAUAAGUGUACUCUCUCCACCGUACCCCAUUGACUGUAAUAAUCCAGAGGUUCUCGUUGCUGCAGAUUUCACGCUCCGUAAAUUCAAUGCUGAGCAGAAAAGUGGCCAUCAAUAUGCUCUUGACCAAGUCCAACAAGCUGAGGCACAGGGAUUACGUGGAAGACGUUAUUUUAUCAAAUUUUCAAUUCAAGAAACCGAUUGCUCUGUUGGCAAUGCGAAAAUCUGGAAAGACUGCAGCUACAAAGCCCAAGAAAACGCUGCUACAGGUCACUGUGUGUCAAAUGUGUACAUCCAUAAAACCGACAGAAUAGUUGAUGUGGCUGAAUAUAAUUGCUCCAUCGAUUCAGAUCAUCACACACCGAUUGUACCAAAACGUGGAUUCUGCGUUGGAUGUCCAAUAGAUUUGCCAACUGACCACCACAAAUUAAAUGAAACAAUUGCACUUGCUAUUGCAAAGUUUAACAAUGAGAGCAAUCAUACAAACUACUUUCAGCGUGACCACGUUUUCAAGUUCACUAGUCAGGUGGUAGCUGGAAUUAUUUAUGCAUUGAAGUUCUCAAUCCAGGAAACUGAAUGCAGCAAGGAGGAUUCCGAUGAUCUUCCUCCUGAUUGUGAUGCAAAGGCUGAUGGCAUAAAACUAUACUGUAAGUCGCAAGUGUAUAUCAAGCAUUGGUUGAAUUUUAUGAAUGUAUUCGUGGAUUGUAAUGUUAGCAAGUUGGAGAUUAUAGCAUUUGCGGCUCCUCGAUAUGUAGGUUGGGGGCCAUUUAGCAUGCCACAGCCCCUUCGAUCACAUAUUGAUGGAAAUGACGCACAUCCAGAAAAACUCACCACUGCUGAACAAGCUCUUGCAGACAGCCUGGAUUCCCCUAAAUGCCCAGGAAAACCCUGGAGAGUCUUGCGACAGAAUAUAUCUGCACCUUCCUUAGCUGAAAAAUACCCUGACAACAACAACACUGUGCCAACAGCAUUUAGUGACCUUGAUUUACUGGACUUUUAGUCAGUAAAAGUCUCCUACUGCUUCUGGAUUUGCAUUGAUCCAAAAAUAAUGAAAUAAAUAUUGUAAUAAAGUUUAUUGUUGUAAAUUAAAGUCCUUUGUUCCUGUCAAUUCUACUCUUCUUACAGAAUACAUUUUUAUCUAUGGAGUCUAUGAAAAGACAUAAAGUUGAGGUCUCUAAUGGCUCUUGCAGGUCGUCAUGGCUCUGACAGCUUUGUAAGUUUAAAUAAUUUCACAGAAAAUUAUUAAAGGAUAAAAGUAAGAAAUGUUCAUUAUUCACCAAGUCAAAUAAAGAGAUUUGUUGACAAUGAGAA